AUGUCCAACAAGCAAGACUGCCCGUCACUUCGCGAGCCAGCUGCGUCUCCACCUGCAGCCUGCACUAUACCUCCAGCACCGCUGACAGAGCGUAACCUCUGUGUUCACGAAGAGCUCAGCGAGAUGCAUCUCCUCUCGGACCCAACCAUUCCUUCAUGGAUCGACUCUCUCAUCGCAGAGGAGCGUAUUCAUGUCUUCCACUCCCAGCUCGGCUUUUCCCUUUCCGACCCUGACGCUGCUCCCAGCGAUGAUAUCGCGUCAGAGGGGGAGCAGCUCUCUCAAGCAGUCUACACUGCUUCCACCUGUCCACCGAAGGUCGAAUCAGCUUCUAGCGCCAACAAUCAGCUUCCAAGUUCACUGAAGCUCUUUGAGAACAAAAUUGCAAUGGACCAGAAAAGCAUAAAUCGCGAGACGCCGCUGGAACGCUUCCUUACGCCGGGAUACAGUGACCCGUGCUUCUAUGCGAAGCCUGCGUUGGCGAAUGCGGGCAUCCAGCCGGGAACUUCAGAGGGAAGGGAGAAAAGAAAGCAAAUGGCGAAAGAGAAUGUAGAGCUCGUUGUCUCUAGGAGGGUGGACUCUCCAUGA